UUGGUGAUAAUCCCUUUAAGAAAAUAAUUAUUACUUUAUAAUUAAUUUAUAAGUAGCUAAUUAAUGUGAGGAUUUUUAAUACAUGAGAAUAUAUAUUGCGGGGGGAUCCGGGACAUCACCCGAGGUACAUACUAGUUAAGAGAAUAAAGUUUUUGCGUUCAAUAUCCCCGUUGUAAUAUAAAGUAAUUUUUACCCGUUCAUUAAAAAAAAAAUCGACAAAUCAGCUAAAGAUCGACAAAUUAGCUGGCCGAGUGGCUUCUGUGAUUACCAUAUGCAGCACAACAAGAUCUCCUUAUUGAUAAUGCCUCCCACCAUAGCUAAAAGUAACCUCUUUUUGGUACGACAAACAUCAUUAAUAAACACAUAAACUUUCAUAAACUGUACACUAGCAGAAUUAUAUUACCAGACAAAAACUUUUUUAAAAUAUAAAAUGAAAUAAAUAAAGCAUAGAAAAUUAUAAAAGUAACAAACUUUUAGUUUAUUUUUUGACCCCAAAAUACGUACCCACCAACCCCAACAAUCUAUCUAGAAAAAAACAUUCAAAUGUUUCUACUAAAAGUCAUAAAAAUACUGCAUAACAGUAUAACAAAUGAAGUUAAUCUAUACAUUAUGUUACAUAAGUUUGGUAUUUUUUAUGUUGAUAAUAUUUGGAUGUUGCAAGUCUAACAAUGUUUCAGUUGGUUAUACGUUCACCUUAGCCAUUCCAAGUGAUUAUAGUGGAGAUUUCAAUGGGAAGGCUUACUUAAUGGAAACUGAUCAAAUGCCGCUCAAUUUCAGGACCGCAAUUAGCGUUGAGGCUAUGGAUGGCCGGUACGCGUGCUCGUUACAAGUCUUCCUAGGCAGUGUUAUGGUUUGGAGUUCAGGGCAUGUUUCUAAGUUUUAUACAUCUGAUAGUUGUGUGCUCGAGCUCACGAAAAUGGGAGAUCUUCGGUUGAAAGGGGUGAAUGACGACGAUAUUGGUUGGCGUACUGGGACUUCUGGACAAGGUGUGCAGAAAUUGCAGUUGCUUGAAAGUGGAAAUUUAGUCCUAGUUGAUGCUCAAGAAAACAUAAAGUGGCAAACAUUCAAUUUUCCAACAAACAUCUUACUCUUGGGGCAGAGACUAAGUGUAGCUACUCACUUGACCUCAUUUCCUACUAACAAAUCUUCGAGCUCGUUCUUUUCGUUUGAGAUUCACCAUGACAAGGUUGCACUCUACUUGAAUUCAGGUAGUAACAAUAACAGCAACAACUACAAGUAUUCCUACUGGGAAUUCCAACCUUCCGAAAGCAGAAACCUUACCUACAUCGAGUUAGCUUCAAGGGGCUUGGAGUUCUUUGAUGACAAAUACCGAAACUUCUCACAAAUUUUUGCACCUUAUCAAGAUUCAGCACGAUUCCUAGCCCUGGAUAACAACACUGGAAACCUCGGUCUUUACUACUACUCACCCUACAAGGACAAGUUAGAGGCAUCAUUUCAAGUCCUAAAUACUACUUGUGAUCUUCCCCUGGCUUGCUCUGCCUAUGGAAUUUGCACAUUUUCUAGGACAUGUUCGUGUAUAAGAAUGUUAGCAAGGGACCAAGAUAGUUCAAACGGCGAUUGCAAUGAAGAGUUUAUCACAGGAAAUCAGUGUGGCAAAGAUGAGGUAGGGAUCAUGCUCGAGUUAAAAGAUGCUGAUAGUUUACUAAAGAAUGCUACUUCAAUGAGUAAUAGUAGCAAAACAAGAUGCGCGAAUUCUUGCUUAAAUGACUGCACUUGUGCAGCUGCAUUAUACUCAUCACGCACUAGGGAAUGCAUGUUCUUUGAUAUGGUUAGAGGGGUUAAACAAGUUAAUCGAGGAAGCGGGUUGAGUUACAUGGUUAAGGUUCCUAAGGGAAGAAUUGGGAAGCAUAAGAAGAGAGCUUUGCAAAAAUGGGUUUUGGUUUUGAUACUUGUUGCUGAUGGAAUAGUUCUGUUUUUAGUACUUGGAGGUCUUGGGUAUUUCUUGGUUUGGAAGAGGAAAAAGAGGUUAAGAGAUAUGAAUUGUUCUUCAUAACAUAAAAGUGUAAGCCUAGAUUUUGGGAUGUCAUUCUUUUAUUUUAAAGUGUCCAUUUUGAUCUCAAUGAACAAAAUUUUGAUAGUUUAGUUGAGUCAAAACGUUGCAUAAAAAAAAAAAGGUUGUACUUUUGGUUAUAAAAAGUUUGUGUACUUGUUGCUUUUGUUUGAAAGCCUAAGUGGCUUCCGCACUCAAGCCAAUGAAUAAUAGGCUGAUUCAAGGCUUUGAUUAAUAUAAAGGGUAAUUUUACCCAUGUAAGCAAUUAUGAAAUAGGACUUAUAACAAUAAACAUAGUUCAAGCUUGCUGCCAAAGAUUUAUUGGAUGCAAUAAAUCCAUAUUACAUACUAUAGUAAUAACUACUAAUUUAUAUUUUCCCUCCUAAACCUCUUCAUUUACAAUUACAAAAUUUUAAAAAAAAAUUAUAAAUUAUUUUUUUAAAAAAAUUAUGAGCUCAGAAGCGCCUAAACACAUCAACUAAUCAGAGAAUUGUGGAGGACCCUCCUUCCACUUUGGCGCAGCUAUCCUCACUGCUCAUAUUAAACAUUGUUCAGCAAAUUAUUUAAAGAUGUUGUUUAGCUUUAAGAGAGGCAAUGUGGAAUUUAUAAGGUCUUUUUUUUUUUUUUUUUUUUUUUUUGACAAAGAGUUCUAUAAAUGAAAAGCAUGAUUACAACCUAAACUAAGUAAAGAAAGCAGGAUUACAUGAUAGAACAUUGGGGGUCGGACCAUAUAACUUCUUACAUUUAGGAAACCAAGUAUACCCAGUGGGACAUGAUGCUAUUCUUUUAGAGCCGCUUAACCUGCAAAACAAAGAGUUAGUCAAACAUGCUGGAGACCUACUUUGCAGAGUGACAUAUUUCCUUCUAAACCUGGGACGGGGAGACGACACAAAACCCAACAAUAUAUCAGAGGAGGA